UACAUGGAAAUCAACGCUGCAUAUCACACAGAGGAAUGAGGAGCCUUAAGUAAAGCGCAGCGCUGAUAAACCAAACUUUAGGUAUAGGAACUGAGGAAAUGGCUACAAGGGCACCGUGGAAGCGAUAGCGGGCCACGGGACAUUCUGCACACCGGAGCGUGGCGCCCGGGCUGCGGGAGCCGGGAUCUCCCGCCAAACAGACCGGAAGUGACGUUGAACUGAGCGGCGGCAGUUUAGGAGAAAAAAGGAGCAUGAACAACUUUAAAGAGCUUAUGGAACAAUUUCAGAAGCCAUUUCAAAUUCUGCUUCACACACUAACCCUGGGCACGUCGGGAGCUACCAGUGCAUUUCGUAUUCUGCAGCGUAUCCAGUCAAAACAGUCUCUUCAUUGGAGAACCUUCAUAGAGACACUGUGCCAACCUGAGCCGUUUUUGGAAGGGAACAAGCAGAAGUUAAGUCUAAAGCCACUGUUUUACCUUUUACCAGUACUGGUCAGAAGAAACCUCUUAUCAUUUCUUCACUUGGCCAGUAGUUAUGUACCUAAAGACUGUCUGCAUCAUCUCAUCUCACAGUUAAAGAAAAACCUGGACACUGAUCUCUGGAUACAGAAAUUAAUUGACGUCCUGGAGCAAGACUUAGAAGGUGGAUCAUGUUAUUUGAAGUCAAAUUCACAUUCAAACAGGUUUCAGAAGCAAUUGAAAUAUCUCUGUCAAACGCUGGUUGGAAAUUCUGAAGAUCCUUCAGGUGCUGAAAAAAGGUUGGGUUGGUACUACAAUCAACAAAAUGUCAGCAGUGAUAAAUCAUGUGAAGGUACAGAAGACAAUAUAACAUUAACACAGAACUCAAAAAAACGAAAAAAUAUUCUGAAAGGUGCAUCACUUUUGGAAGAUGAUGAGCAAAAUAUAACAAAGAAAAUAAAACUAGCAGAGGACAUUGUCUCUUUGGAACCCUUUAUUAUCAAUGAGAACCAGGGUGUAACUUCAAACUCGGAAAACAUGAAGCUUAUCCAAACACACAUGCAAAACAAGAUGGGCAUUGUUGAAGUAGAGCAGGAAGUCCUUCCAAAAACAGAGAAAAAAGUUGAUCUACCUGAACAUAUCAAGUCUUCAGUAUCCACACUGAGAGAUAUAUUUGAAGCAGACUCAGAUAAGUUGGAACCGCCUGAAGAGUUAAAUAUCCUGAAUGAAUGUGAUCCAAGCCAGCUGGAGAAACUCUGUUUAUUAUUGCGGCUCUCUGAACUCUCAGAGCACCAACUGCCCCUGGCCUGCAACAAAAUGAUCUCACUAUCUUCUGAUCUCAGUUACAGCAAUGCAACCGUGCUUGCUCGGACCCUCUUCUUGACAAGGGUACUCUCACUGACAGAGCCUGCAUCACGCUUUCUAACAGCUGCCAUCACUUUGUUCUGCAAGAAAUAUCCACGCCCAAUCUGCAUUGCAAUGAUUGGGCCACUCCUUCAGACUCCAGACAUAGGAAAUGUUCAAGUGGAACUCAUAUGCAGGCUUAUGGAAGACUGCCUCGAACCAGACCAUUUAACAGUGACUUUUAGACAUAUCCUGUCGGUAACAUGGAGUGAAGAAAUACUUUCUGUGGUCCAUAUAUUACUUGAGAGGAAGGUGGAACUAACAUCUGAACUGUUUGAGCAGUUUAUUCAAAAGUUAAGCCAGCAAGCUGGGAGAUUCAACAACUCAGUAAAAUAUGCCAAGAUGGUCUUAGCUAUGCUUACAAAGUACCCAACUUAUAUAACACUCGUUCACAAGAACAUGCUGUCUCAUGUCUUGGCAAUACACACAACAUUUCUGAAGAAAUCAAUGCAGGCUGCACUGAAACAUAUUAACAUAUAACUUGUUUUAUUUUUAAUGUCGAACAUAAAUUAUUAUGCAUUGUCUUGAUUGGAGACUAUGCUUCCAAAGGUCCAGAAUCAGAAUGGAUGAUGAGCUGUUGUAAAAGUCACUAUAGUUAUUUAAAUUGAUUGUAUUCAAAUACACACAUGAAGUACAUCAUUCUCUGCUGUGCCUGCAUUUGCACCUUUCCACCACUUAGUGGUGCUGUAGCUCUCUAGUAAUCACUAUACUAAUGUAUUCAGAGAAAUUGAUACCUGCCUGUCCCAGACUUUACUGGGAAAAUAACGAGUGAGAUUAAAUAAAAAGAGAAAGAACUACAUUUGGCCAAAUUGCUUGCCCUAAGACAGGAGUUUUCUUUAAGUGUUAAUAAAUUACUGCAGUCAUUAUCUAACCACAUGAUAACAGAAUAUUCCAAAACUCUCAUGGGACUAAGUUAAAGCUGUAGGGAGUUAUGCAAAUAUUAGAGCAAGCAGUUACUGUAAACAUUAUUCCUAUGAUUAGUGGAAAGACAAACUAACACACUGAAAUUGUUAAUCAAGCAUAUUUAAGGCCAACUUUUUUUUGAGGUAUGAUGAGCCAACUAUACUUGUGAGAAUCUGGAGCCAAGAACUUCCCUCCCACAAGACUUGGUUCUCUACAGCAAAUCACUGCUGCCAUCACGUGGCGAUGUGUGUUGAGGAGGUAGGUGAAGUGAUUUGGAAAUUAAGGCACAACAAUUCAAGCAGCUGUGCUCAACAUUCAGAUUUUUGAUGGUAUUUGUACAAUUGUGAUUACUUGCUAUUAGUUUUUAAUUUCACACCUUAUUUCUCAAAAUAAAGAGUAGGACCAAAACAAGCAGAAAUAUCUUCACUCAGGGUGAUGAAUCUUUGGAUUUUUCUUGGCUAGAGCAUGAGUUCAUUCAUAACAUUGUUUUUGAAUAUUAGAAGAACCAAGGGAUUAUGGAGAUGGUACAGGAAAAUGGUGGUAAAGAUUAGCAAACUUCUUGGUGAAUAGAUCUGGCUUGAAGGGAUGAAAAGCCUGCUAUUUUUGUUCAUCUGUCUAGCUUUUCCCCACUUUGUCCAGAGUUGCUAAACCUUUAGCAGUUACACAGAAUCCUUGCAGAAACAUCACAUUGACCUUUCACACCAUGAAAAGAGUUCAAAUCCUACUGUGAAAAUGUGCAAAUGAAGGGUAAGAGGUGCCUCACAUUAGUUACUCACAUAAAAUGAGGACGCCCUUCUGGUAGCUACAUUAGAAGUUUUUGUCUGGAUUAUCCUAGAUCCCAGAAGAUAAAAUGCCUCACUAGUCGGGCAAGUCUUCCCUACAGUUAAAAUUUUUUCUGAUCAACAGGAGGACUUGUUCAGCCACAACAACAAUUAGGAGGACAUCUGAAUUUAAACCUUACAGGAAAGCAUCAUCACUUCCUUUCCCUUGUUAUAACAGCAUUGCAGAGUCCUUUCCUCAUAUUUACAGCAAUGGUUCAAACCAAUGU